AAACGGAAUUCUUCAAUCAAAAACUGCGGGGCUAUCGUAAACGUUGAACUUGUUUCUGCCGAUAGCAUUCACGCCCAAGUUAAACAUUUUUUUCCACUAUUAUUUUUUUUCUAAUUUCUUUUUUAUGAACUUACAAUAAUAUUUAUUAUGAUUUCGUUUUAUACGUAACGGUUUUUUUUCCCCGUACAAAAUGAAAACGUUCUCAGGUUUAACAUAUAUCGUCCUAACUGUUUUCCAUUGUGCUAUCGUCAAAACUGAGUCUGACUGUAAUGAACCACUAUUAGAAAGAGCUGUACUAAGAGCAACGUCAUCAUUACCCGAUAGAGGACCAGAAAAUGCAAGGCUUAACGGCCGUAAUGCAUGGACUGCGUACAGUUCCGAUUUCGCUCAGUACCUCAUCAUUGAUCUCGGUCAAACUAUGACCGUGACUUCGGUGAUGACACAAGGUAGAGCCGAGUCGUCUGAGUAUGUUGAAACCUAUGGUAUUAGUUAUGGAUCAAAUGGUCUCGAUUAUGCGGAAUACAAAGAAUCAUCUGGAAACACAAAGUUAUUCAAAGGUAACAUUAACGGAGACGAUCCUGCACGAAAUAUAUUUGAAGUUCCGAUAAUAGCUCAAUGGAUUAGAAUUAACCCGACUAGAUGGAGAGACAGGAUAUCGUUGAGAUUAGAAUUGUAUGGUUGCCCUUACGCAUCUGACAGUCUUUACUUCAAUGGUUCGUCGCUGGUUCGAUGGAAUCUACGAGAUUCUCCGGUUUCCGCCCAUAGGGAGUCCAUUAGAUUUAGAUUCAAGACCAAUGUGGCUGACGGUAUUUUACUGUACGGUAUCGGAUCUCAAGGCGAUUACAUAGCUCUACAACUCCGAAACAAUCGAUUACUUUUGAACAUGAAUUUAGGUUCUCAAAUAAUGACUAGUUUAUCAGUGGGAAGUCUAUUAGACGAUAACAUUUGGCACGAAGUUAUCAUAAUGAGAAAUAAACUUGAUGUUGUAUUUUCGGUGGAUCGUGUUACUAUCCAAGACAGGAUCAAAGGAGAAUUUGAAAGACUUGACUUGAAUCACGAAAUAUACAUCGGAGGAGUACCACACAUGAAUAACGGCCUGUUAAUCAACAAGAAUUUUACUGGCUGUAUCGAAAAUCUUUACAUGAACUCAACAAACAUGAUAUACUUAGUAAAAGAAGCAUACAACUCGGGUGAUUCGUGGUUAAUGCAAAAGUAUCAAAAAGUCAACACGUUGUACACUUGUUUGGAAUCGCCUAUUGUUCCGGUCACAUUUUUGACUCGACAAUCAUAUGCCAGAAUUAAGAGCUAUGAAGGAGUUAAGAAAAUUAAUAUUUCAUUGUCGUUUCGCACUUACGAAGAACGAGGUCUGUUAGCACAUCAUAAAUUUUUGACAAAUGGACACGUCAAAUUAUAUUUAGAAAAUGAACGUAUCAAAGUUGAGUUAGUGACUAAAGAUGAUACGCGUGUUGUUUUGGAUAAUUACGAAGAGAGCUUCAAUGACGGAAAAUGGCAUAGCGUUAUUUUAGUGUUGAAAAAUGAUUUUCUUGAGUUGAACGUCGACAACAGACCCAUGCAAACGAUAAGGAAAUUGGACUUUAUGACUGGAACUAAUUACUUGGUUGCCGGUGGUAUAUAUGGGACGGCCGGUUUUGUCGGUUGUAUGCGAUUGAUUACAGUUGACGGCAACUAUAUGUUACCUACUGAUUGGAAACUUGGAGAAGGUUAUUGUUGUGAAAAAGAAAUAUUAUUUGACGCUUGUCAAAUGAUUGACCGAUGUAACCCCAAUCCGUGUAAACAUACUGGAACUUGUAAGCAGAAUGCCGAUGAAUUUUUCUGUGAUUGCAGUAGUAAUGGUUAUGGUGGUGCCGUGUGCCAAACGCCACUGAAUCCUCUAUCGUGUCGAGCUUACAUGAAUGUCAAUCCAGUCGGGCAGAGUGCUGAUAUCAAAGUCGAUGUAGAUGGAAGUGGUCCGUUGAAACCAUUCCCAGUCACUUGUCAGUUCUAUGCUGAUGGAAGAAUAGUGACAAUGGUAAGACACCAGAGCGAAGGCGGUUCGCCGAUAGACGGAUACCAAGAACCUGGAAGUUAUAAACAAGAUUUCAUAUACGACGCAGGCAUGUCUCAAAUCGAAGCUCUUAUUAACAGAUCCCAUUCGUGUUGGCAGUCGUUGAGUUAUUCUUGUAAACAAUCAAGAUUGUUCAAUUCGCCAGCAAAUGGAUUAGAUUUCCGACCGUUUGGUUGGUGGGUGUCGAGACACAAUCAAAAAAUGGACUAUUGGGGCGGUUCGAUUCCUGGAUCGUACAAAUGCCAAUGUGGCGUCAUAGGCGAUUGCAAAGAUCCCACGAAAUGGUGUAAUUGUGAUUCUGGAUUCGAUAGUUGGUUGUCAGACACUGGUGAUAUAAGAGAGAAAGAACAUCUCCCAAUAAGACAAGUUCGAUUUGGAGAUACAGGCACUCCAUUAGACGACAAAGAGGGCCGAUUCAAAGUAGGAGCUCUAAUGUGUGAAGGAGAUGAUCUCUUUAACAAUGUUGUAACGUUCAGAAAAUUAGACUCGCAGAUUCGUUUGCCCACUUAUGAUUUUGGACAAAAUGGUGAUAUUUAUUUCGAGUUUAAAACGACAAUUGAAAAUGCUAUUAUUUUUGAAAGUCACGGACCUAAAGAUUAUAUCAAAUUAUCACUAAUAAGUGGUCACUCGUUACAAUUUAGUUACCAAGCAGGCAGUGGACCUUUAAGCGUUCGUGUUGAAACUUCGGACAAACUCAAUGACGACAGAUGGCAUUCGGUUGUGAUAGAAAGAAACAGAAAAGAAAGUCGUAUUAUCGUAAAUGGCGCUUUGAAACAAUCUGUCCGAGAGCCUCCUGGACCUGUCCGAGCCAUUCAUUUAACGUCGGAUUUAAUCAUAGGUGCAUCGUCCGAUGAACAAAACGGAUUCAUCGGUUGCAUGAGAGCGUUUAUGUUAAACGGCCAGUUGGUCGACUUGAGAAAAUAUGCCGAAAAAGGGCUAUACGGCAUUUCACCGGGAUGUAUUGGGAAAUGUGAUAGUAGUCCUUGCUUAAACAAUGGAACGUGUUUCGAAAAAUACGACGGCUACACGUGCGAUUGUAGGUGGACAGCGUUCAAGGGACCUAUUUGUGCUGAUGAAAUUGGUGUGAACUUAAAAGCUAGUUCGAUGAUAAGAUACGACUUUGAAGGAAUUUGGAGAUCAACAAUAUCGGAAAAUAUAAGAGUCGGUUUUACUACUACCAAUCCAAAGGGUUUCUUGCUCGGCUUUUUUUCAAAUAUUUCAGGAGAAUACAUGACCAUUAUGGUAUCAAACAGUGGUCAUUUACGAGUGGUUUUUGACUUUGGAUUUGAACGACAAGAGUUAAUUUUCCCGGAUCAACAUUUCGGGCUUGGCCAAUACCAUGAUCUUAGGAUUAAAAGGAAAAACUCUGGAUCUACUCUAAUUAUGGAAGUCGACGGAUCUGACCCGAAAGAAUUUCAUUUCAACAUAAAAGAUUCUACCGAUGCCCAAUUCAAUAACAUUCAGUACAUGUACAUUGGACGAAACGCGUCGAUGGCCGAAGGUUUUGUCGGAUGCAUAUCACGAGUGGAGUUUGACGAUAUCUAUCCUCUCAAGUUAUUAUUCCAACAGGACCCACCUCCUAACGUCGGUGGAUUAAACACGACAAUCAAGGAAGACUUCUGCGGUGUCGAACCUGUUACUCAUCCGCCGCCAUUGAUAGAAACUAGACCGCCACCGAUUUUAGAUGAAGACAAAGUCAAAGCCGCGUACAACGAAACUAAUUCCGCCCUUAUUGGAGGAGUCUUCUCAUUCAUAUUAUUAGCGAUUCUUUUACUUGCAUUCUUGGUGGGAAGAUACGUUGCACGUCACAAAGGAGACUAUGUAACGCAAGAAGAUCGAGGCGCCGAUAUCGCGUUGGAUCCGGACGAUGCUGUUAUACAUUCUACAACCGGACAUCAAGUACAGAAAAAACGUGAAUGGUUCAUUUAAAAAUACCAAGAGUAUUUUAAAUGGAAAAAAUGGUAUUCAAUUAUUAUAUCGACUGUUUUAUUUACAACUUUUUUUCUAUUAACUUUUUUAUUAUUUUUUUAAUCUGAUACUUACUCAAGUCUAAGAACAAUUGAUUGUAAUGUAGUUAGGUUUUUCAAGAGUCGACCUCAAUUUUGUUAACUUUACAAAAAGGGAGUGAAAACGGUUUAGUAUUAUUAUUACUAUUUUUUAAGUGUUGUGAUUUUUCAUCGAUCAUUAAUAAAACCAUCUUUUAAUUCUUAUUUCUUAACAUAUUAUUUGUCCGUGACAAACAUUAACAAAGUUAAUAUUGGUCAAAAGUAAGUCGAUCUCUUUUAGAAACUAAAAACUACAGAAUUAUUUUUUAUUAAUUAAAAAAAAAAUACACCUAAGUAUUAGAACAAUAUUUUUCGUUAGCUAUGUUGCUGUUGACAACAAACUCGUAAAUUUAUUAUUUAAUCGGAUAAUUUUUAAAAGACAAAUUAUACUCUCAAAAAUAUUGUCGAAUUUAAAUUCAAUAUAUAAGUAUUUCUCACAUUACAGCAUCUAUAUUCAACUAGAAUAUUUAAAUUAUUAAAUAAUUACCACCAUGUUUGUUAAUUAAGUUUGAAUCUCUUGUACGUUUGCUUAAAUAUUUUAUGCACUGACUGCCUUAAUGAUAAUUUUUACAGCAGGGUAUUACCAUAAAUAAUAAUAAUAACGAUUACGAUCUUAAGGUGAAUUUUACUAACUGAUAUAAAUAUAUUUUGUUAAAGUCAAUACAAAGAAAUAUUUGAUUUAUCAAUAUUAAAGAAAAAACAUAACGUGCUUUAUAGUUUAUUAGGUUGUAAAUUACAUGUUUUUUAAUUUUUUUCUUUAAAGUGUGCAAUAAUUAUAUUACUUGUCGGAGUAUAUAACCUUAAAUUUUUUAACGGUAUUGUACGCAAUUUUUUUUGUAUUUAAUCACCUUCACCCUUAUAGUUUGACUUGUUAAUAUUAUUAUGGCUUGCCCGAGCGUAAGUUGUUUUUGUAUACUAUGAUAAAUGAUCCGUCCUUGUAUUUUUAGAAACAAAUUUAUUUAGAUUUAAAUUUUAUAUAAGCACACAUCAGUGUUAGCAGUAUUAAUUUUUUAAUUG